AUGAAUUUUGUGGUCGUAAGCUCUGCGAAUAAUUUGGAUCGAUUAAAAAAUGCGGAACACCGUCUAGAAUCUGCUAAAUCUGUUGUCUCUUCGCUUGAAUUAGAAGCAGAACGUAUGCGAUCUGCUGUAAAUAUUCUUCGAUAUCUAAAUUCGGAUGUGAAUCCCUGCGAUGAUUUUUACGAAUUCGUAUGUGGCAAUUACGACGACUGGGACAAAGUGAAGCAACAACCUAAAAGUAUCUUCUCCGGAAUAUCCUCGUUCAUAAACUACCAGAUCAAUCAUUUGAUAAAGUUUACAAAUUUUACGAACAGCAAAUCAAGGCCUGCGGAACUUGUCGGGACUUUAUACAAAAUUUGCAUGGAUCAGAGUAAAAUUGAAAGCCGAGGACUAGAGCCAUUGCGGAAAAUCUUAAAGCGCCUCGAUAGCUGGCCUUUUCUAGAUGCUAAUUCGAGCAAAUCAAAUUUUGAUUGGGUUGAGUUUAUAACAAGAUCAACGAGUAUGGGCUUUGAUGGAGAUUAUUUGUUAGAAUGGAUAAUUUCACCCGUCAGGAAUUCAACGCAAAUUGAAUUAUACUUUUCCAAACCCAGGUUAGAAUUUGAAAAUGAAAUUUUUUCGAAUGGACUAGCUGAUAAAAAUGUCAAAGCUUACUAUGAAUACAUGGUAGAUACUGCAGUUCUACUAGGAAGUAGUCGAACUAAAGCCGAAAGUGAGCUUUUAAGGGUUCUUAAUUUUGAAAAAAAACUUUCAAUGAUGCUAUCUUAUGACGACGAAGAUGACUUCAAUCAAACAAUAACAACAACUGAUGAUCUCAUAAAAACCUGGCCUGGAAUUGAUUGGAACCGAUUGAUAAACGAAACUCUAAAACUCUACGGAAAAUCUGACAGCGAUGUUUUGGUCACAGUUCUAACGCCACUUUACUUUUCAAAGCUCGAAAAAGUACUUUCGAACACAUCAAAAAGAAUUCUCGCCAAUUAUUUGGCGUGGAAAGUUAUAAAGUGGUCUGCACCUUAUCUUAAUGAAGAAAUUCAAAAAUUACACGGUGAUUACAUGACUAAAAUAAAGGAACAUUUCGAAAUUUUACCUCGAUCAGAAGCUUGCAUUGAGACUACCAAUCGGUUUUUGAAUCUAAGUAUCAAUUAUUUGUAUGUUAAAGAGUAUUUCCGCGAUGAUGUGAAAGAAAAUGUUGUCGAAAUGGUUAAAAAUAUCAAGGAUAUGUUGAUAAAUGUACUGGGUGCUGUCGAUUGGCUCGAUGAAGACACCAAAGAACAUGCCGUUAAAAAGGUCAAAGAAAUGAAAAUUUUAAUCGGUUACCCCAAAAAAAUAUUAAAUGGAGAAAAACUUAAGGAGUAUUAUCAGAAUCUUGAUGUUGAUGUGGAUGAUGACUUUAUUGGAAGCGUUUUGAGUUUGAAGUUGUUUGAGAAGGGGAAAAAUUUUGAUCUUAAGAUGAAUAAGUUAGAUCUUUUGGAAGAGCUAGCUAAUUUUUACUCUCCGUUGUUUGUUAAUGCGUAUUACAUGCCGGACUUUAAUCUAAUUGCAAUACCAACUGGAAUAUUACAGUACGUAUUCUACAACAACAUUCGCCCCAAUUACAUAAAUUACGGUAAAAUUGGUUCAAUAAUUGGCCACGAGAUAACGCAUGGAUUUGACAACAGGGGAAGAAAGUUUGACAAAAACGGAAACUUUUCUGACUGGUGGUCUGCUUACACAAAUAAUACAUACAACAAAAAAACAACCUGCUUCGUUAAUCAGUACAAUAAUUACACUUCACAAUCUCAAUCCAAGGUUGACGGCAAGCUAACAUUGAACGAAAACAUCGCCGACAUCAUCGGCAUAAGAAUGGCGUACUUGGCAUAUCAAAAAUGGGUCUCCAAGAAUGGCGAAGAAAUGUCUCUUCCUGAAUUACAGUACACGCCCAAUCAAUUAUUUUGGAUAUAUUUUGCCAACACUUGGUGUAAAAGCAAACAAAAACAUGGCCGCUGGGAUUCCCUCGACCCACAUGCGCCAUCUGAUGUUCGCGUCAUUGGAACGCUCUCUAACGUUCCGGAAUUUUCUGCAGAUUUUGAAUGUCCGAUUGGCUCGAAUAUGAAUCCUAUAAAAAAGUGUACUAUUUGGUAG